GCGUUAUCAACUAUUCGAGAAUUAAGAGUCCCGCCGAAACGGGAACCUCUAGUGAAUAAACACAGACAAUCAUUUGCCGCUCGAAGACAACCAUCCUCGAUCGCCAGGCGUAUCACUACGUCAUACGCGAACAAAGGAACAAGCGUACUAGGUUCAAUUAAGGCGAAUCGCCUGACGAUGUUACCAAACUUGUCAACAUUGAAUCAUCAAUCAACUAUACAGAACAAAAACUCAGAAAUAACAUCUGAUUCAUUGUUGGAACCGAUGAAAAAUUUAAAGUUCGAUGCAUUGGAAGAUCAACAAAAAUGUGAGGGAGAUAAAAAAACUUCGAAUGGAAAUCAUAUCCCAACUGUCGCAGAGUUUCGAUUAUUUAAAGAAUUGGAAACAUCGAAUCAUCAAUCAACUAUACAGAAAAAAAACUCAGAAAUAACAUCUGAUUCAUUGUUGGAACCGAUGAAAAAUUUAAAGUUCGAUGCAUUGGACAAUCAGCAAAAAUGUGAAGGGGAUAAAGAAACUUCGAAUGAAAGUCAUAUUCCAACUGUCGCAGAGUUUCGAUUAUUUGAAGAAUUGGAAAAACUUGAAAAGCAAUUAGAACAAGAAAUUUCGGAAGAUUUAUCUGAUAUAUAA